GCACGUAGGAAACUUCGUGGAAGGUACCCAAAGAGGGAGAAAUGGACAUUCUCCUUCCCACACAUCACCCAUUUAACCCCUUCACCUUCCACCCUCUUUCCUCACCCAAACCCAACAACGCAUUCUUCAUAUUCAUUCCCAGCACACUCCCUCACCCACCACACGCCCAAUGAAGCUCAUCAACAUCAACCCCAAAAACCUCAAACUCUCCCCCAAACACCUCUUCCGCUCCAAAAAGCAGCGCUCUUUAGUCUCUAGAUCCGACCCGCUUUCAUUCGGAUCUGGAUCCUCUUCUUCCUCUUCCGACGACUCCACGCAUAAGACCCCCAACGCUGCUGCUCCCGCCGGCUCCCAAACCCCCACCAGCGUCCUUCCCGACGUCACCGUCGACUGGUCCGACAUCACCGUCGACGUCCGGUGGGACCUCGCCCAGGCCUUUCGCCUCAUCGACCGCGAUAACGACGGCGUCGUUUCGCGGGAGGAGCUCGAGGCUCUCCUCACUAAUCUCGCCGCGUCGUCUAGUCCGGACGACGUGGCGUUGAUGCUCAGCGAGGUCGAUGGUGAUGGCCACGGGUGUAUCAGUGUGGAAGCGCUAAUGAACCGGGUCGGGACGGGUUCGGAGCCCGGUUCGGACCCUGGGGAACUGAGAGAGGCGUUUGAGGUUUUUGACACGGAUCGUGAUGGGAGGAUCUCUGCGGAGGAGUUGCUUAGGGUUUUCAGAGCGAUUGGGGACGAGCGGUGCACGUUAGAGGAGUGCCGGCGCAUGAUAGAAGGUGUGGAUAGGAACGGGGAUGGGUUCGUGUGCUUCGAGGACUUUUCGCGUAUGAUGGAGUUGCAGCGAUGAUGAUGAUGAUGUUGGUUGUGAUUGUGAUGAUGAUGUCAGAUGAUGAUCAUGAUCAUGUUAUGAGAUAAUAUAAAAUAUAUGAAGGAAGGCAACUUCAUGAUUUUUUAAAACCCUGGCUUCGUUAGUUCUCCGUUCGUUUGUUAGUAUUAUCUUUGUGAUUUUUUGUUUGUUUGGCUCCCCUUUUGAUUUGGGUGUACAAAUUUGAAGGCGAGUGAGAAAAUGCGUUCUGAAUUGAAUGAAUUUGUAUGAAAUGAUGUGAUUGCAGAGUGGAGCUUGACAAAACCGUACAUAAUUGGGAAAAUAUCUCCUACCUUACAUAGCUUUACCUCUCAGAACUCUGGAAUAAUCACAUCGCACACCCUUUGCAAGCAUACGCUUACACUGUAGAGGUCUCCUGUUUCUUUACAUUUUACUUUUUAACUCUACAUUUAGUAAAUUAGACUAUAUGAGACUAAUUUGUUUAUUUUAAUUAUAGUUUUUAAAAGAAUAUAAGACAUUUAAAUAAUUAUUUGAUUUCACUUAAUGUUCUUGACUUUAUUAUUAAUAAAAUAAAUUAUGUAAUUUUUUGUUUAAUUAAGUGUUUCAUAUUUAUAAAAAUUGUAUAAUUUAAAU